AUGGUUACAACCCAAACAUUGCAUUUGCCAUUCACGGUUCCAAACCGCAGCAGUGCAUACGUGAACGUCUCGGUCAGCAGAAAUGACGAUCCCAAACGAUAUGGCUUCAGCUUGCUCUUCCCUAACCAUCGUCUGUCCGACUUUGUUGGGUUUCCUGUCUGUCAUGCAACCGUUCACUCGCCCGGAUCUCGGGGCUACGCAUCCAUGUACGGCUGGAUCCAGAUCACGCGGGCGGCAAACGAUAGAGAGGCCGCGGAAUCAAGCGCCUGGGAAAUGGACCCAGUCCCCAUGAUCGCAGAUCUGAAAACGCCGUUUUGCUGGUUUGGGGCUGAGCCCAAGCUUUUCGAUGCCCCAGCACGAGAAGGUGUCCGGGAGAUUGACUGGACUGCCCGAAGCUUUCUCACAUACAUUGAAGAUGGGCUGAUGUCGAAAGUGGUGCAUCCGAUUCUAGCCUUUGAAUGGGGUUUUGACAUUCACGACGGAGAGAAGUCGAUCAAACCCCUCCAACAACUCGGCGCAGCCCCUUGGAAUGAACACCUGGCUCUUUUCGCGGAUCAGUAUCCAGACUGGAGAUUUGUCAGGUCCAACUGA